GUAGACGAAGAAGAAGUAAUCAGCUGACCAAUCUUUCCGGAGUAAAUAUAUUAUUUACAUAUUGUUACAUCGUACAAUUGUCGGCCUAAUUAAAUAAAUAUUACAUCAGCAUGGCGCUGAUAACAGCCAACUGGAAUCCGCUAGGAGAAGCUUUUUACCGUAAAACAGAACUGUACGUGAUGAGUUGGAACCUGAGAGACGGACUCAAAGACUGCUUAGUGGCGGCAGCACCUUAUGGCGGACCUAUAGCUCUCCUCAGAGAACCUGUGAGACGUUCUCCAAGUUCUCGUCCUCAGUUGGAGAUUUAUUCCGCUUCUGGAGUUGUGAUUGCCAGUUUCCCGUGGAAGAGCGGCCCUGUGAUUCAGCUAGGUUGGACAGUCUCUGAUGAGUUGUUGUGUAUACAAGAAGAUGGUUCAGUUCUGAUCUACGACCUGUUUGGAUCCUUCAAGAGACACUUCAGCAUGGGACAGGAAGUGGUCCAGUCUCAGGCUUUAGAAGCCAAAGUGUUCCAUUCUCCUUAUGGGACGGGUGUUGCCAUAGUAACAGGCUCUUUUCGCUUCACCUUGGCAACCAACAUCAGUGAUCUGAAACUGAGGAGAUUACCCGCUGUUCCAGGCCUGCAAGGGUUGCCAUCCUGCUGGUCUGUCCUCACUCAGGACCGCCAGACCAAAGUAUUGCUGGUCAUUGGGAUGGAACUGUACAUCCUGGACAACACGUCCUGCACUGCAGUGUGUGCUCCAGGUCUCAGUCCUCAGUCUGGCAAUGUGGUCCAUAUGUGUGUGUCGUUUAGUUACAAGUAUCUGUCUCUUUUCACUGACACUGGACACGUGUGGAUGGGUUACUCCAACCUUCAGGACAAACUGAGUCAGGCUGAUACUAAAGUGAGGACGCCACCCAAACAGAUGGUCUGGUGUCGCAGGUCAAAAUCCCAGCAGCCAUCCGUGGUUAUGGUGUGGGAUCGCCUCCUCCUAGUGGUUGGACAGUGUAAUGACAUCAUCCAAUUCCCUCUAGAAAGUCAGUGCGUUUGCGUCGGAGAGCUGGAUGGCGUUCGGAUUAUAAGCGCAACCAAUCAGGAGCUGCUCCAGGAGGUUCCUCUUGUCUGUCAGGAUAUCUUCAAAAUUGCUUCCAUGGCACCUGGAGCGCUGCUGCUGGAGGCCCACCGCGAAUAUGAGAAAUCCAGUCAAAAGGCAGACGAGUACCUGCGUGAAAUCAAGGAGCAAAACAUGCUAGCAGAGGCUGUUAGACAGUGUGUGGAGGCGGCAGGACAUGAAUAUGACCCCAAUACCCAGAAAUCCCUGCUGCGGGCGGCGUCUUUCGGUAAAUGUUUCCUGACAGACUUCAGUCCCGAACACUUUGUGUCAACCUGUCGAGAGCUGCGAGUGCUAAAUGCUGUCAGAGAGAGCAGUGUGGGUCUGCCACUCUCACACACACAAUUCAAACAGAUCACCCUGCAGGUGCUGAUUGACAGGUUGGUGUACCGUCAAAUGUAUCAGUUAGCGAUAGAAAUAUGUCGAUACCUGAAGAUUCCAGAUUAUCAGGGAGUCAGCAGAGUUCUCAAGCACUGGGCUGCAUGCAAAGUGCAGCAGAAAGACCUUUCAGAUGAAGCCAUAGCCAGAGCAGUGUGUCUGAAGGUGGGAGACUCGCCUGGUGUGUCGUACUCACACAUUGCUUCUAAAGCGUAUGAAUGCGGACGCACAGAGCUUGCCAUCAAGCUAUUGGACUCAGAGGCUCGGUCCGGUGAGCAAGUUCCUCUUCUGCUGAAGAUGAAGAGGAGUCAGCUGGCUCUUAGUAAAGCUGUAGAGAGUGGAGAUACUGACCUGGUGUACACUGUAGUAAGUUACUUGAAGAACGAGAUGAACAGAGGAGAUUUCUUCAUGACACUAAGAAAUCAGCCCGUCGCUUUGAGUCUCUACAGACAGUUUUGUAAACUGCAAGAACAAGAAACACUGAGAGAUCUCUAUAACCAGGAUGACGACCACCAGGAGCUGGCCAACUAUUAUGUGUCCGCCAGUUACAGAGAAAAGAGAUUGGACAGCCGUCUUUCACUCCUUCAGAGUGCUGUGGAUGAAUUCAAUAAAGCCAAAAAUGACUUUGCUGCCAAGGCCACCGAAGACGAGAUGCGCCUUCUCCGCUUCCAGAAGAAACUGGAUGAUGAGAAGGGGGCAGGGCUUUUGGGCAUGUCACUGCAGGCAACCAUGGAAACUUUGCUUGUGUUGGGACUUUACAAGCAGACAGAUCAACUUUACAGAGACUUCAAAGUACCUGACAAAAGGUAUUGGUGGUUGAAACUGAAGGCUUUGGCAGAGAAAGAGGAGUGGGACGAGUUGGAGAAGUUCUCAAAGAGUAAAAAGUCUCCGAUUGGCUACCUGGCCUUUGUGGAGGUCUGCAUGAAGAGAAAUAACAAGUAUGAAGCCAAGAAGUAUGUUUCCAGAGUGACGCCUGAGCAGAAGGUCAAAGGUCACCUGGCUAUUAGUGACCUCGAGGGGGCAGCAGAUGCGGCCAUUGAGCGGCGGAACGAAUCAGAAAUAACGACAGUCAUGGCGAGAUGUUCUGCCACUGAUCGCUUGUUGAUGGAAAGAUUACAUCGAGCCAAAUUGUCCAUCGCCAAAAAGUGAUCUGUCUGAUAGGUUAUUGAUUGAAUUGAGUAGCAACUGUUACGUUCUUCUUGGCUGUCCAUGCUUUUUCCACCAAUAAUUGGAAGAAUAUUGGAUUAUUAUUUCUUCAUCUUGUUUUACUAAACACACAGAACUCACAGAAGCACUUGAAGUUAAAAAAAACAGGUAAAUAGCAUACAUUUGUCUUAUUUGUAUACGUAUGAUAGUUAGAUAGUAAUUUUAUUUGUACAGCAUGCAAAGGGCCAAUAAACAAACAAGCUGAAGACAGUAAAUGACUGCAUUAAACACUCUCGCCAUGAAGGAUUAUUUGGUCAGAUAACACAUUUGAAAACUUAAAAAGGUUUCUGACA